UUUCAAAUUAAAAACCAACAAAUAAAUUGCAAAGGAAGAGAGGGAGCAAUAUUAUACACUCUCACCAAUAUGGCUUAUGGUACGACACUGUCCACACUUAAUUAGAAAUUAAAUAUAUAUAUAUAAGAAAUUAAAUUUAAGCCAACAUAUGGAGAAAAUGUUUUUGAAGUGCCACGUUCAAUCCAAACACCAAAUUAAAAACCAACAAAAAAAAAUAUUUCAAAAUAAAGACCGAGCCAUGGACUGGCCCUAGACAAAGGACAACCGACGGCACGGCAGUCCCGAUUUACCUGCUAAAGAAGCACAUACGCUUAUAAAGGGAGAGGCGAAGUGCGAGUGAUUGGCAAGGCUCACUGUUUGCAAGGUAGCGUCAAACAAUGGAUGACAGUUUCAGAGUACGUGUGGACAAAGUGUUCGGGUCUCUGACGGCGACCUCCAAUUUGAGUUCUCUCUGGUGUUUAACCGACGAUGAGAUUGAGAAAAGGGAAUGGAAUAGAGAUACCCCCUCCCGCGAGCUACUCGACUUUGAUUCCAAACCCUGCCCUCCUCAUAUUGACGGUUACUUCGCUAAGCCCCCUCAAACCCUAGAUUUUCCCAAACAGCUCCAGUCUGAUCUGGAACAGCUCAGCGACGGUCAAGAACCAGAUAAUGAUAAUGAAUCGGAUAUCCGGUCCGGCAUUGGUUUAGAUUGCACCCUUGACUAUGAGGAGGAAGAAGAUGAGUUUGACAAAGUGGCCGUCGAUAGGGAAAAGGAGAAGCAGCAGCCUAGUGACCGCUUGUACACGCGGGAGGUCUCUGAUUAUGGAAUUUCUACAGAUACCUAUCACGAGCUUCCUCUUACUCUCCAGGAAAUUAAGAGAGAUCCUCGUGCUAAUCACGAGGCCGCCAAGCUCAGGCUCAGGGAAGAUGCGGAGGCUGCCCUGAGAGAAGGUCAUUUAGGUUCCAUGUUACCUCCUGCGUCCAAGACACAAGGCCAGAAUGAUGCACAUUCUCCUAAAAAACUCAACUUGAAGGAAGAUUCUAACAUGUUCCCUAGUUCAUCCAUUCCAGAUUAUAUAAGGAAUCCAUCCAAGUAUACUUGCUAUACACUUGAUGUCUCGGAUGAUAUGGAUGAAGAAUCCAAUAGAAAAGCCUACAUGGACUUCUUGAGUCUCGUGAAGAAGGGAUCACCGCUGGACAAUGAUAGCUCCACUAAUUUUCAGAAAUCGCCCACAUUUAACCUGAGAAUGAAGCAGCCUCCUGGCACCUUGACCAACGAGGGCGUUGAGGCAGAGCAGAUGCAAGUGAGAAAAACAGUUCCCCUUAGCAUUGUUACCAUGGAAUCCAAUAAUGCUGCCAUGGAGGAAGAUGAGUCGUCUAUUGCAGCCGACAGAGCUAGACCUGGAAGUUUGAAUAAGCCUGGGAAACGUUAUAGAACUAGGGCCACUAUGAUGGAUACUGAUGACUAAAUGUUUGAUUUCACUUGUGUGUGAUUCAUUUUGAAAAUAGUCUUCUUGUGUUCUGUCUUCUUUUUUUUGAAAAUAGUCUUCUCAUUCAA